AUGUAAAUCAGAUAUCUCUUAAUCACAACAAAAGGAAUGUAAAGACUCUCAUUCCCAAAAAUGUUGCUCAAUAAAUCUUGGUUCAUUUCUAAUCCAAUUUAGAAUAAUAUUUAAUUUAUUUCUAAUAUUGAAAUCAUUUCAAUGAUCAAAUGGAUUUUAUAAAAUACAAUUCCAAAUUAACAAACAAUAUUAUCAUCAAAUGAUUAAACUCAUUUAAAUAAUCAAAAUAUAAACUACUAAUAUUUAUGGAUCAUUUAUUUAAUUAAAUGGAUUUCAAAAUAAAAUUAAAUACUUAUCAAUUCUUAUUUAAUUUGA